AUGCUCUGCGGCUGCUUUUCCUUCUGGUGGGCUGGCGGGCUGGAUGCUGGAGCGAUGAGACGAGACGAGACGACGGCCAGCAGCGGGGAUGCGGUUGCGCCCCCGAUCGCUGGCUGCCGUCGCCAUGGCAAGGGUACAGGUCACGUGGAUCCAUGUGCCUCGGUGUAUUGGCAGCGUUUGCUUGAUGCAUCGCCAUCGCCCGCCAUGUUCGAACGGCUCGGAGCCCCAUGGUUCGAGCAGCCCAAGGGCCCCGUUGCUCGCACUGUAACGGCGUGCGCUGCACCAAAGCUCGAAUCUCCAGCCAAAGCCGCUGUGGAUCGCUCUGCCGAAUGGGCGUCGCUGAAUGACCAGAUAUCCGGCUUGAUCUCGCAAGUUUCGGAGCUCUAUGCCGAUCCUGCUCUCGAAGCUCGCUUCUGGAAUUGGUGGAGAAGAACGGCAGAGGCCGAGGAGCUGUGCUCGGAGGCACCCAGCGGCGUCAAGAAGGUUCUGGAGGGACUCAGGCGUCUGAAUCUCGAUCGACUUGGUCGCUUCUACUCAGUUGAAUCCGACUAUUACGACUGGCCUCUCCAGAAACGGGCACUCCGCUUGGCUGCUCCCAGCCAGGCGCAUCUCUGCAAAUCGAUUGUGUUUGAAAACACCCGGCACUUGCCAACCGGAGACUUGCUGGACCCGUCCAACUCCAAGUACUACUGUGUUAUUGUCCAGUAUGUCGAUAAACUCAACACCCAGAAGCUCAUGAACUUUGUGCGCGAUCUCAAGCAAAAGACAGUCAGCAAGAAGAACUACAAUCUCCGGGUGGCUCCGGAAGACAUUUCGCUUGAGCUUACCGGGUAUGAAAACAACGCCGUCAGUCCCUUUGGAAUGCAAGCCAAUCUGCCCAUCAUUGUCACCGAGAGCAUCCUAUCCCUGGAACCUGCUUUGAUGUAUUUGGGCGCUGGCCACAUCGACUGGAAAGUGGCCAUUCCCGUCCAGUCGUUCAUCCAAGCCACGUCGGCAUUGAUUGCAGACAUUUCAACCUGAUCGCCGGCCGUGUCUCUGAUGUGCUCAAGUUUACCAGAUGCUCAUCGUGGACUGCGGCCUGAACCAGGCAUGUGUUGUUGCACAUCACUCGCAAAUGUAGUAUCCUGUCUCCAAGACGAUUGUUUGUCCGACGCUGGUUCCUUCAAUACACUGUGCUUGCCGUUUCAAGAGCACCAUCCGCAUACCAUUUGUGCCCCUGACCAAUAUUCGUGAGCAACAGUCAACUAGCACGCCGUAGCCACACUUCUGCCUGUGCUGAU